AUCUUUCUUAAAAAAUGACGCAUCGCUUCAAGGCAGUAAAAUCAGAUUUCUUUGUUACAUUUUGGGCUCAUUUUAAAAGGGAGCAUAUACACUAUUUAAAUACGCUUCUUCUUUCCUUGUCUCCCCCAUACACACUAGUUUUGCCCCCUUAUUUAUAUUAUUUAUAUCCACCCCCUUCUGCCCCCCAAUAAAUAUACACAUAAAUAACAUAGGGUUAGAGCCAGAGGAUGUUACCACCUUUUUUGAAACACGAUGUAAAUAGCCACCCUUCUUCUUCUUCCGAAUACAUUACAAAACACAGAAAACCAAGUCAAACUCAUCUUGAAAUGUUAUCUCUUGACUUGGGUCCUUCUUCAUCUUCCUCAAAGAGAGACAAAGGCUUUUAUAACAACAGUAAAGACAAAAAGUAUACUGCCAGCACUGCUUCAGCAAGACGCUCUACUCUAUCAUUGCUACAGCACAAAUGGUUCAAGUUGUUUCUUGUUGUUGUAGGACUAUUGUUUAUCUUUGGCUAUAUUCCUUUCUUUCGGUUUAUUCGACAUGAUGCUAAGACACAUCCCAAUUGGAGCAUCAAAGAGAAUCCUUUACCUACAUCUGUUGAACGAGAUCAGAUCAUCCUUUACCGUAUUAUUGGUAAUGAUCUCCCACCGCGCCACAAAGAAGGCCAGACACUUUCCAAUCUACAGUUUAUUCUAGACCACGAACCCAGUUUCCCAAAGACACGCAAAAUCUUUCUGCUGAACCGCAUUAUUGACCCAGUCAACGAGGCCACUAUCAUUCGGUUACUUGAUUCGUAUAAUAUGGAGUAUAUUCGAGUGCCCUUUAUUCAACAAGAAUAUGAACAACUUGACUUUCAACUAGAAAAGUUCCCUGACGCAGACUUUCUUCAUUCUGAUGAUUAUCGUCGAUUCUCUAAAGUAUCUAAACUUCGAGCAUUGGAUUACACGUAUCAUACCAAGAACCUUUAUGCUAUGAAUAAUAACGGUGGACGUAAUACAGCCAUCGAGCAUGGACGUAGUAUACCCAAUGCAAGAUGGAUUAUGCCUUUUGAUGGUAACUGUUACUUGAGCAGAAAUGGGUUUGAGGAGAUCAGAUCACAGCUUGAGAAAUACGGUAAAGACACUAAAUAUUUUGUCGUGCCCAUGACGCGUCUUUUGAACAACUCUGUCCUGCUCAACAACCUUGAUGAACGGCCCAAGACACCAGAAGAACCACAAAUUAUAUUUCGAUAUGAUUCCACUGAAGAAUAUAACCUGAAUAUGCGUUAUGGUAGAAGAAGCAAGCUUGAAUUAUUGUGGCGCUUAGGUGCUCUUGAAAACAGAAGAUUAAACAGACCUACUGUACCUUGGGAACCUACAGAGCGUCCUUAUAGUAAAGAUAAGGGUAAUUUCAAGAAUAUUGGCUGGGUCUUUCGUUUGUUUUCUGGUAAUCCCUCUCAGGAAGAAAACAAAAAAGAAGCCUCUUCUAUUCGUGCCUUUAAUCGUUUGAUGGCCAUUCAAUCUUCCUUGGAUAGUUUGGAUGAAAACAUUGCUCGUACAAAAUUCCACCAUGACAAACUCUUUUUGUACAAUGAAAAAUCAAUGAAUCAAGUAAGAUAUGAUCGUUGGAUGAACAAUGGUGAAGUAGGUUUUGCUAUUGAACAAUUAGAGAAAAAGGCAGAUUUGAUAUUGGAAGAAAGCCAAAAGCGAUUAGCACCCAUUUCCUCUGCUACAGAUAAAGAAGAUGGGCUUCCCUUUGACACUGUGCCUGAAAAAGAUGAAUUGGGUCCUCUUUCUCAAAAUGUGACUAUUUUGACAAUGGCCAACUAUUUUACAGGCAAUGAAAAGUAUGGUCGUGGUGCUGCUAAUCUGAUUCGUGUACAUUUCCUGAACGAAUAUGCUGUUGAAGACGAAGACGAGUAUAACUCUGCACGUCGUAUUCCAGACGAUAGUCAUUUGCUUGACUUCUUAUCUGACCAAGGCUAUUACUUUCCUAGUCUAAGUCGCAUUUCUCAUGUCGUACCCAAGUAUAGCAACAACCGUAUCCUUAACACCUCUGAUUUGACCAAGACAGACGUAUCUUCUCUUCUGGACUGUAUACGUAUGCUUCGACACAUGCAGGCUUUAACUCACAAAGAAUACAUCGAUCUACAGGCAAUCACGGCAGAAUUUCUGGAAUACCUGGUAACUUCACCAACCGGUAUUCAUUUGGCUCAGAUGACAGAUCAUCGUGGCGUUUUGUACGACCUUCAGAUCACAGCGAUGGCAGCAUUUACAGAUGAUGUAAGACUGUUUUUGCGCGUAGCCAAUCGUUGUCGUAUGCGCAUUGGCAAACAGUUUAGAGAAGACGGUUCUCAGCCCUACGAAGAAAGUUCUACACGCGGUCGUCUAUUGUCUAGUAAUAUCGAGAUGGAUAAACAAGUCGAAUGGAGAGCCAUGCUUCACUAUGAAACAUUGAAUCUGCAGUAUUGGACCUUGCUCACAAGAGGUAUUCAAAAUGCGGGCAUUGCAAAGGAUAUCUGGCACUAUACAGCUGCUAAUCAGGGUCAAAUUUCGCAUUCUGUUGUGGCUCAUCUCAAGAAAAAUUCAGACGCUUUGCCUAGUUUGACUGCUGGGGAUGCUGCCUUUGUCAAGUCACGUUUACAGCCCUUGGCUUAUAUGGCACAGGCUGCCUUUAGUCAUAGUCACCAUGCAAAUACGCCAGUAGACCCAGCCGUAAAAGAAAGAACAGAAGCUGAUCGAAUUUGGAUGACAAAACAUUUGACUGAUUUUGGUGAAAGAUGGGAUUUGUUGGGUCAAGAACCAGGCCUUUUGGACAUUCAACAAGAUAUUGCUAAAUUAAUGUAUGACGAUGAAAUCAAAGGAAGACUUGGUAUUCCGCCUUUUUGGAUGCUUAGUUCUGCACCUUGAUUUUACCUGCUUUCUCUUUAUUUUUUCAUUUUUCUUAGACUUUUUACUUGUACACACAAUCACAUAUUUAUAUACAUGCAACAUAUAUACACAAACACACUCUUGCAAUAAAAAAAAAGACAUUUCUUAACAGAUUU